UGAACACAAAUAAUUUUUUUUCUUCGCUAUUUUUAUCCAUUCCUUUUCUUUAACAAAUGACUUCUUUACCACUGCCACCAAAGAUAAUAUGUCGAGUUAGAGCCCUUUAUCCUUAUUAUUCUGAAGAACACUCUUCUUUAAGCUUCAAGAAAGACGAUGUGAUAGACGUCCUUGCCAAGUUGGAAUCAGGUGUAAUGGAAAGCGAGGCUGGUUUCCUAGCAAUUAUGUCGAAGUCAUAUUAGAUGAAGCAGCCGUCCUUUCUCGGCCACCACCACCACCAGACGCUAUGCUUCCUCCUCAUCCACCAAUGUUACAAAACUAUAUUGAUUCAAAUCGAGUGGCAUCUUCUAUCCAUAGCUCAAAUAGUUCUGAAGUCAGCAGAAAUAAUGCCAAUCUCCCUGAUGGUUGGACAAUUCAAAUGGCAGAAGAUGGCCAAUCUUGGUUUUAUUAUAAUGAAAAUACAGGCAAAAUCUUGAACCAACAUCCAGGCUUCAACAACAACUUUGAUUCUGAGAAUAUCAUUGCAGAUCACGAUAGUAAUUUAAGAAGCCAGCGAGACAGUUUUCUGUCUGACCAAUCAAGAGAACCAGAUUAUAACACAGCUGCAGAUAAGACAAUUACCACGACUAAAGAGCUUAUGGACAAUUGGGUUGAAAGAAAGACGCCUCAAGGCAGAAUUUACUACUGUAAUUUGGUUACUCAAGAAACUACUUGGGACUAUGAAGAGAUCGACAAAGAAACUGGCCAUUUGAAAAAAUCACAAGAAGAACAGGAGGACGAAGAAGAUGAAGAAGAAAGUGAAGAAGAAUAUCCUGCUCACCUUGCUGCUAUGCAUCGAGUUUCUAUUCAAGAAGAUGCAACACCUGUUGAAGAAUUAACGUGGCACAAAUUAGCUUCUGACAUUGCUUUUUCUAUUCAUCAAUUGGCAAAUGCCGCUCAAAAAGGAUUGCAUGAAGAACUCCAGCCUAAAACUGCUCUUAUUGUAGAGAGUGUGCGUCUCAUGCUCUAUGCUUCUCGCUCCAUGGAAAAAGAUGCUCAGUUAUUACAGAACCCAAUCUUCCGAGAACCUCGACGUGCUGUCAUGUCUUCCCUUUCUAAGCUUGUCUUGUCUUCUAAAAUGGGUUCUGAGAUCUCUGAAUUCUCUGCUUCUAUUCCAACUAUCUUUCAAAAAGUGCAACGGGAUGCGAAUGAUGUGUUGGUAGCAGUAAGAAACUUUGUCACGCUUUGCCAACAACGCAAUGUCACUGUCAGUUUUGUAAAUCCAAGACUACUUGAUGAUAUCACGCAACUUCCUUAUGAUCCUCCUUCCACAGCUACCAACAAUCAUUGUAAGACAAACACAAAUGGCCCAUCGAUUGAACGUAACCACAGCUCUAAGAGCAUCAAUGCAGAGGAAAAGAAAGGCUUUUUGACUCAUAGUACCGAACUCAACACAUCGCUUGUUCAAAAGGCCAAGUAUUUACUCAAUCAAGAUCUUGUACUCAAUUUACAAGCCUAUUCACAUCAGAUUUAUGGAUCAACAGAGGAGCUUUCUCUUAUUGGUUCAGCCGUUUUGAAAAAGGCCCAGAAAGAGACAUCAGUUGAAUUUCAUGAGGAGAGAACAAAUGCUGUUUCUAUGUUUCGUAGCCUGUCCAGUCAAAUCAGUCAGUACAUUGGUGUCUUAGAUGAAAUCAGUCUUGAUAGUAUUGAUCUUCAUGCACCUUCUAUCUCAAAUUACCGUAUCAGCCGUCAAAGCUUAUACACAGCGAUAGGUCAAUUGUUUGGUGCUAUCCAAACACUGACAGAUAUACAUGUAAGUCUCGGCAAAGCAGUUCAGACAAUCAAUCAGUCGAUUGUCAGUGUAGAAGAUGCCAUUAGAAGUAUCGAGCAGAGUGUGGUUGACAUGGUGAACGAAAGAAAGCGUACGAUGGGUGCUGUCCGAGAUGAUUUCAUUACUGUAUCACCUACAGCUUCCUCUAUCAUCCCUAUAAGAAAACCCUCUGUCAAUGACAAUGGAACAAGUCAUUUUGACCAUCAGGGCCAACUUAGUCCACGUAGCCAAGAUGGUUUCUCAGAACUUGAUGGCAGUGAAUUCGGCAUGCGUCGUGGCACAAUUGCUUCUUUUGUCAGCUCAAAUAAUUCCAUUGUCAAUUCUUUCAAAGGAACAGGUGAUCUUGCUUCUCGUAUGCGCCAACAAAGUAUUCGUACAGACGAUCGUUCUUUUGAAUCUAAUGAUGUAUUGGGCAAUGAUCACCACCCAGAUGAAAUUGAAUUUGGCUCAGAUAACACUGUUAAGGGUGGAACAUUAGCAGCUCUUGUAGAACGCUUAACAAUUCAUGAUACGCUUGAUACAAACUUCAUUGCUACCUUUUUGCUUACAUAUCGCUCUUUCUGUACCACUGAAGAGUUUGUGAGUCUAUUGGAAGCUCGUUAUAAUCUUCUUCCACCUGACCGAUUAACACCAAACGAAUUGGAAAUAUGGACUGAACGUAAGCAAAAACUGAUUCGUUUGAGAGUUUUCAAUGUCAUGAAGAACUGGUUGGAAAACUACUAUAUUGAUGAAGACGAGCCCUUGUUGGGCCGACUUGAACAUUUUACUAACACUAAUAUUCGCGAUACAUCUUCUUUUGCUGCCAAUCAACUAUUAAAUCUUAUCAAGAAGCGUAUUGAAUUGAGCUCAAGAGGAGAAAUGAAGAAGAUUAUACCCAAUGCUAUUUCUGGUCCUGAUCCCAUCUAUCCCAAGAAUAUGGCUAAUAUUCAACUUUUGGAAACAGAUCCACUCGAAAUGGCUAGACAGUUGAGUAUUUUGGAUUUCAAACUUUAUAGUAGUAUUCGACCUAUUGAAUUACUCGGUAAAGCUUGGUCUCGCGAAGGUGCUGAUGGCUCUGUUGCUAUCAAUAUCAAGCAAUCAAUUCAAUACUGUAAUCAGAUGACUGCUUGGGUUACAGACAGUAUCUUAUCUUAUGAGGAGGCCAAAAAGCGUGCCAUUGUUAUUAAAUACUGGGUUCAGGUUGCUGAUCAUUGUCGUAGCAUGAACAAUUUCAAUACUUGUAUGGCUAUUCUAUCUGCUUUUGAUAACAGUGCAGUAGGCAGAUUAAAGAAGACAUGGAUGGCAAGCAGUAGAAGCACUACUCAAACCUUGGCUCAAAUCCGCAAAUUGAUGGGUGCCAAUCGCAAUUUUGCUGAUUACAGAGAAAUUGUUCAUUCAGUCAACCCUCCUUGUAUUCCAUUCUUGGGUAUUUACUUGCAAGACUUGACCUUUAUUGAAGAUGGCAACCCAGACUUUUUGCCUAAAUGUAACAACCUAAUCAACUUUGCAAAGAGACAAAAGGCAGCUGAAGUCAUUCGUGAACUUAAGCAAUUCCAAAACUUUGCCUAUAAUUUCCAUACAAUUCCAGAAAUGCAAGAUUUCAUCAAGGCCUACUUGGAUAUAACACACGACGUUGAACAGCUCUACGAACGUAGUUUACAACUUGAGCCCAGAACAACUGAAGUACAAGCAGCUGUAAACAAUAUCAUGACCAACAUUGUUUAACCGUUCGACAUACUACUAAUUCUUUCUUCAUAGAAUCCCCACACUAUCAUGUACGCUGUUUUAUGCUUCCAAAAAAGAGAGAA